UUCACUUUUCUAAUGCGAUGCGCUUGCCGCAGAUAUUUCACAGUCUACACAAGCGUCUUCAAAAAAUGUUUGAAAAGAAUAAUGAGGGAGGGGAGAGUGGUACACCCAGCAUUCAGGACAUAGCUGGCCGGCUGGCGGAGGAGCAGCAGCGACUGCGGCAACUGGAGGCCACCACGAUGCCCAAGGAGAGAACGAUAUUAGUCCUGGGAAGCAAAUGUGUGGGCAAAACCACGGCUAUCAAUAAAUACUUUGACCGCGAGGAGCACACAACGCGGCCCACUCUCGCCCUUGAAUAUAGCUUCGGUCGCAGAAUCGGUAGUGGAAAGUCACCUCAGGUCAUGAAUGUGUGGGAGUUGGGCUCCCUCGAGAAUGCAGAGCAACUCCUAGAGGUGCCCAUGAGGACACAUGGAUUGCAGCAGUUGGCUGUCUUUAUAGUAUUGGAUCUCUCACAGCCACAACGUUUCUGGACUGAUUUUGAGUGUGCCUACAAGGGAUUACGGGAUACGGCCCAGAAAAUGAUGGAAAAGUUGACCCCUGACCUGAGGGAAAUGUUGGAACAGCGAACCCUGGAACGAGUGGGUCAACAAGGCAAAGAGGAUCUUGGUAACCAGGAACCACUACCCUUUCCGGUUGUUAUUGUUGGUGGAAAGUAUGAUAUCUUUGCUGGAUUGGAUCCCGCUGUUAAAAAGCACACCUGUCGGUGCCUUCGAUCUGUGACCCAUUUGAUUGGCGGAGCGUUGUAUUCUAUUUCAAAAAUACCCAAGUUGGCCAAGGUACUAAGGGACACUAUAAGUCAUGGGUUCGGAAGUCCCAUUCAUCCGUUUCGCUCUCAUGUCACGGACUUUAAUGAACCUCUUUGCAUUUGGUUUGGAACGGACAGUUGGUCGCUCAUUGGGGAUACGGGAGCCCAAAGUGUGGAGCGAAUUGGGGCCACUUUUGGGGCGGAUGUGCCUCAGUUGCAGUUGGAAAAGCAGAAGCUGCAGGAGAUCCCAGAUCCGGCUAAAGAUCCGGGAUUUAAGGAGUCCCUCAUUGAUGAGAUGCGUGCUCAAAAAAACGAGGAACUCGCUAGCAUUAUGAGGGAUGUCCUCCUUCGGGGAAAGUUUGAAAGUGUCUCGAAUUAG